AUGAUUAGAUUCAAGGGAAGCCGGCACUUCCGGCAACGCGUGCUGCUGGCCAACCUCUCGCGGCGGCCCAUUCGCAUCGACGAGAUCCGCGCGAAGGAUGAGAGUCCGGGCCUGCGCGACUUCGAGGCGAACCUCCUCCGUCUCUUCGAGAAGCUCUGCAAUGGCGUGAUCGUGGAAAUCAACGAGACAGGCACGAGCAUGCGUUACAAGCCUGGGCACAUAACAGGGGGGGGCGGACUCGAGCACGACUGCAGCUUGUCACGGGGCAUCGGAUACUAUCUCGAACCUCUGUUGCUCCUAGGACUCUUCGGGAAGAAACCACUCAGCAUCACUCUCCGCGGAAUCACGAACCACGUCCUGGACCCCUCCGUCGACACGUUCAAGUCCGUGACCAUACCGUUUCUCAAGAGCGUCGGCAUCGAGGGCGUCGACCUGAAGGUCGUGAAACGCGGGGCCGCGCCGGGCGGCGGCGGCGAGGUCGUGCUGACCGUGCCGAUCGUCAAGUCACUCCCCGCGGUGCGCGCGACCGAGGAGGGCAUGGUGCGCAGGGUCCGAGGGAUCGCGCACGCCAUGCGCGUCACGCCGCAGGCCGCGAACCGCUGCGUCGACGGCGCGCGCGGCGUCCUGAACGACUUUCUGGCCGACGUUUACAUCUUCACCGAUCACAUGACGGGGGCGAAGGCGGGCGCGUCGCCGGGCUACGGCGUGACGCUGGUCGCGGAGACGACGGCGGGGCGGCUCGUGUCCGCGGAGGUCGUCGCGGACGCCCCGGGGAGGGGUAAAGAGCUGACCGAGUCCGGGAGGGUCCCGGAGGACAUCGGGGCGCGGGCGGCGCGGGCGCUGCUGGAGGAGGUGGCGCGCGGGGGCGUGGUGGACACCUCGCACCAGGGCCUGGCGGUGCUGCUGGCUGCGCUGGGGCCGGAGGAGAUCGCGGAGCUGCGGUUUGGCCCGUUGACGGCGUACGCAGUGCAGACGCUGCGGCACGUGCGGGAGGUGUUCGGGGUGCGGUUCACGAUCCGGCCCGAGGAGAAGACGAGCACGGUGUUCCUGAGCUGCGUCGGGUGCGCGCUGAAGAACACGGCGCGCAGCACCAUCUAA